AUGUCUGAUUCAGUUGGAGAGAACGAAGAAAUCAUUACGCAUCGUACAACUAAUCGUGGAAUCAAGCAAUUUUUGGUGAGACGCAGAGGACGUCGUGUACAUGAUUCUGACGAUGGUACAUGGAAAGAUUCAGAACUUGUUGAUUCGAAAGAGGCGGAUGAUUAUUGGAGGAAAGUGAAUGAAGUAAAUGAAGCUGAAAAACGAAGAAAAUUGGGGGAAAAGCGACGAAAAGUCGAUGUUUUGAAAAAUGUGGAAGAAAAUGAGAAAGAUGGUUCGGGAAUCGAUUUUGUUGAUGUACUUUUGGAUGGGGAAAUCGAGAAAGAGCAGGAGGAGCAGGAAAUUCAAGUUUUGGUGAGCAUUUUGCCACGUGACGCCAAAUUUACUUUGAUUUAUUCAGGAUUCUGCUGAAACUGGUCAAAAUCACCAAGAAAUUGGAGUUUUUGAGGAAAUUGAGCUUCUGGUGAGUUUUUUUGCCACGUGGCGCCAAAUUUACUUUGCUUUAUUCAGGAUUCUGCUGAAACUGCUCAAAAUCACCAAGAAAUUGGAGUUUUCGAGGAAAUUGAGCUUCUGGUGAGUUUUUUGCCACGUGGCGCCAAAUUUACUUUGCUUUAUUCAGGAUUCUGCUGAAACUGCUCAAAAUCACCAAGAAAUUGGAGUUUUCGAGGAAAUUGAGCUUCUGGUGAGUUUUUUUUUGCCACGUGGCGCCAAAUUUACUUUGCUUUAUUCAGGAUUCUGCUGAAACUGCUCAAAAUCACCAAGAAAUUGGAGUUUUCGAGGAAAUUGAGCUUCUGGUGAGUUUUUUUCCCCACGUGGCGCCAAAUUUUUUUUGAUUUAUUCAGGAUUCUGCUGAAACUGCUCAAAAUCACCAAGAAAUUGGAGUUUACGAGGAAAUUGAGCUUCUGGUGAGUUUUUUUUUGCCACGUGGCGCCAAAUUUACUUUGAUUUAUUCAGGAUUCUGCUGAAACUGCUCAAAAUCACCAAGAAAUUGGAGUUUACGAGGAAAUUGAGCUUCUGGUGAGUUUUUUUUGCCACGUGGCGCCAAAUUUACUUUGAUUUAUUCAGGAUUCUGCUGAAACUGGUCAAAAUCAUCAAGAAAUUGGAGUUUUCGAGGAAAUUGAGCUUCUGGUGAGUUUUCUUGGCUUAAUUUUCGUGAAAAAAACCUGAAUUCAAUUCCAGGAAUCUCCUACUCAACAUACAGUGCUCCAAAAUGAACCCGCUGGUGAUGAUAUCCAAGUUCUAGUGAGUUUUUCCAUGAUUUUCGAAAAAAAAACCUGAUUGUGAAUUUAAAUUUAGGAUGUUGUUGAAACCCCGAAAAAAUCAUAUAAGCAUAAAAGUUCGGAAUGGUAUGGAUUUGAAAUUCCGGUAGGCAUGAAAAUUUGAAUUUUUGCUUGAAAAAUUGAUUUUUUUUUUCAGGAAAUUAAGCGAAGAGCCAAAGACAAAAUUGACCAAUUUGUGAUUUGCGGAAUAAUGGAAGAAAUGUUGAGAGAUCUGGAAAAACUAGAAGAAAAAGAGAAAGAGGAGUGUUUGCUGGAAAUGGGAUAUAAAGUUCAAAAAAUCGCGCAUAUUGUAUAUCAGCCACAGGAAAAUGCUUAUUAUGCAUUAUUACGCUAUGAAAAUUCGAUUUGCAUGCAAUUUGUUAAUGUUGAAAUUGUUAAGGAACAUGCUUUAGAGGUAAAUCUUUGGAAAUUUUUUGAAAAAAUCAAUUUUUGUAUUCAGAAAUAUGUGGAGUUUUUGGAAAAUCAAAGGAGAAAGUUGAAAUUUUUUUGA